AUGAUCAUAUUUCAUAAAGCAAGGAAGUUGCUGUAUUUUUGUUUUCUACUGCUACUGUUAUAUACCUAUUUGUGCCUCGGUCCCGCUGCGAUUCGGCCCUCGCUCGCAAAAAUGACACUCCUUCCUCGCCACCCACCGCACCCCAACGUGCUUGAUAUCCCAACACCACCACUACAACAAGCCGGUCUCUUCAUUAUUUUCUUCUUCACAGCUAUCGCCUUCGUUGCCUUCCUGCUCCGGCUCUUUUCCCGGCACAAAACUGGACAAUGGGGUCUCGACGAUGCUAUGGUGGGCUGUGCCAUGCUGUUCUCGCUCCUGAUGAUUGGGCCUUUCUAUAUGUACAUCAAACUCGGAUACUUUGGCUGGAGACAAGAAGACGUCCCACCAACAUAUGAUCCAACGCCGGCAUUUUGGUGGUUCUUCCUAGCACAAUUGUUUUACAACCCUAUCUUGGCCUUCGUCAAGGCUUCGGUACUCCUGUUCCUGCUGAGACUCGGUGGUCAGAAGCCUGGCGUUAGAAUGGUCAUCUACGUCCUCAAUACCUUCAACGCUCUGCAGGCUAUCGCCAUCUUCCUGGUUGCGCUGCUCCAGUGCUUGCCGAUCGAGGCCAACUGGGACUUUGCCCUGAAGGCUGACCCCAACACCCGGUGUAUUGACAACAGCUUCCACGUCAUUGCGUCCUGCUUGACACUGUUCACUGACAUCUUGGUUGUUGUCAUUCCAUUUUGGAUUUUCUUGGGCCUCAAGAUGAAGAAAGCGGCCAAGGUUGCUGUUUUGGGAAUCUUCCUGCUCGGUCUUGCUGUCACCAUUAUCGGCGCGGUCCGACUCAACGGCAUCAUCAAGCUCUUUUACAGCACGCCCGACGGCAAGGACCCAUUCCACGACGUGACCGUCACCCUCUCCGUUGUCGAAGCCAACAUCGCCAUCGUGUCUGCCUGCGCGCCAGCCCUGCGACCGCUGUUCCGCAUGUGGAUGCCCGUCCUCUUCGGCGGCACCACCGAGCGUUACGGCAACAAGUACACCCCCAACAGCAAACUGCCUCACUACGCCGACCAGAGCAACACCAAGGGCGGCAACGGCACCGGCAUGCGCGCGGACGACGUCACGCUCAAGAGCAUCAAGGCGACGAGGAACCGCGACGGGCACACCGAGUGCCGGAGCGCCAGCCCGAGCGGGAGCGAGGAGGAGAUCAUGACGUACAAUGGGAUAAUGCGGACGACAGAUGUCAGGGUACAGUACGACGGCGCGAGCGGGUUUGCGGUGUCAACAGGGGACAAGAGCAGGCCGAGUGUAGACUCCAAGGGGGUGGACUUUGUUGUUGCUGUUGAGGAGAAGAGGACAGUGUAA